CAUGGAGGAGUUGUUCUCUCUCUGACCAGACUUCCGCUGCAUAUUUCUCCAUUAUCAAAGCCAACCUGACUGAGCAACUCCAGGCCGGUAAUAUCAAGUUUUCCUCCUUGUCUGAAGAGAGAGACCUGCUGAAUACCAACCUCACUCAAGUGACUGAAGAGCUGAACAGGAUUCAGAGAUUGUUCAGACAGAACACAAACUGAAACCAAGAAGAUAGUGCUCAUUCGCCUGAACCGUGAUCCAGGUCUGACGCGCUCUGAGAAACCUGACCACGCUAUGAGCAAUGGAGGAAAUCUACGUGAACACUGAAGACAUGAAGUCCUUCAACCAGAGUCCUUCAACAAGUCCCCCAGGUCCCAGGAGCUCCGAUAGGAGAUUUCAUGGAGGAGUUGUUCUCUCUCUGGUGCUGCUGAGUCUUUUCCUGCUGGCUGGGGCCAUCGUCUUCUUUGUCCUCUACCAGACCUCCACUGCAUAUUUCUCCAUUAUCAAAGCCAACCUCACUGAGCAACUCCAGGCCAGUAAUAUCAAGUUUUCCUCCUUGUCUGAAGAGAGAGACCUGCUGAAUACCAACCUCACUGAAGUGACUGAAGAGCUGAACAGGAUUCAGAGAUUGUUCAGACAGAAGGGAACUUGUCCUGCAGGGUGGAGGAAGUUCUGUGGUGCCUGUUAUCUCGUGUCCACUAACUCUGAUUCUUGGGGAAAAGCCAGACAAGACUGCAGAGACAGAGGAGCAGAUCUGGUUGUCAUAGACAGUGCUGCAGAACAGACGUUCCUGUCUAAUCUCGUGGAGGAUCAAAUUGCGAGUUGGAUUGGUUUGACUGACGUGGAUGAGGAGAAAACCUGGAAAUGGAUUGAUGGAACUCCACUAACUCUAAGCUACUGGGCGGAAACCCAGCCUGACAACGGUGGUGGAGAUCCAAAGUGGGGGGAAGAAGAUUGUGCACAUUUGAGAGCUGGCAAGAAAACUGAAAAUAACUGGAACGAUCUGUCAUGUAAUGCUUCUCUGCAAUGGAUCUGUGAGAAAGUGGCUUAGCACUGGUGUGUAAUCUGAAUGCACCAUUUUCCAAAGAAAGCUCUGAGGUUUUUUUAAAGGCCUUUUUUGUUCUGUCUCCAACUUAACCAUGAAUGCAGUGUUUAUUUUUGAAUGUGAUCAUCAUUCUCAUUCAGCAAGAUGAGAAAAAGCUUCUACCUUUCUGUUUUACAUCAUCGGUAUUCAAGCUUCUGCUCCGUCUUUGUAAAGCUUUUCUUUUUGCUAAAGAUUUAUUGAAAGGUGAAACUAUUAAAAAAGAACA